AUGCUGGAACUCAUAAUUAUUGGGGCUGAAAUUGCACAACAGCCGAAAGGGUUACCUCUGGCAGCUAGCACAGUGGGAGGUCAUCUACGUAAAAGACAAAGUGAUGUCGACUUUUGGAGGGAAGUUCGAGAUUGUGACCUUCUGAAUGAGACGACGGGGGCCCUGUGGUGGAGUUACCAACAUCUUGAUGAGCAGGUGCGGCGAUGCUUUGUGUACUGCAGUAUUUUUCCCAAAAGAUAUGGUUUGAACCAAGAUGAGUUAGUUAAACUGUGGGUGGCAGAGGGGUUCAUACAGACCACUAAUGCAGAGGAGGACAUGGAAGCUAUUGGUCAGCAUUACUUCCAUGAGUUACUCGCAACCUCAUUUGUGCAUGAUGAAAACUCAUUUGUGCAAUUAGGAGGAUACUACCAAGGUAGUUUGUGCUAUUUAGUCCACGAUCUUAUGCAUGAUUUAGCCGAGAAUGCAACAGGGAGUGAUUGCUUCAGAACCGAGAAUGGCUCGAGAAGAGAAGUUCCUCAUGAUGUUCGCCAUCUUUUCGUUGCAAAUGGAAGAAUUGUUACCGAGGAGUUUUUUAAACUGAAAAACCUACGCACUCUCGUUAUUGAUUAUAUGGAGCUUGCACCAGCUAACAAAGAAUUCUUUGAGAAAGUGUUUGAGAAGCUACAGAAAUUACGGGUACUGACCAUAGAAACCUCCUGGACAUUGCAUCUACAGGAGCUAAUGUUUGGUUAUGCAAGUGAUGUAGAUGUUUCAUCUGAUAUAAACAUGGGUAACCUCACCAACUUGAGGCAUAUCAUCGGCGGCGAAAUAGCAAUGCAUAUUCCGAACAUUGGCAGGUUAAUAUCCCUGCAGACAAUAGAAACUUUUGAUGUAAGGAGGGAACAUGGGUAUGAGUCAAAACAGCUGAGGGACCUAAACAAGCUUCGGGGCGGUCUGACAAUCCAAAAUCUUGAAAAUGUUGAAAGCAAGAAGGAAGCACAUGAAGCAAAGCUAGCUGAUAAGAAAGGGCUGACCGAACUACGACUUUUCUGGGUUAAUGAUAGAGCUUGCACACCAGAAGUUCAAGCAGAGGUACUUGAGGGCCUUUGCCCACCCAAGGAUCUUAAAAGUCUGGAAGUCUGGAGGUACCCAAGUUGGAUGGUGGGUGAGCAGAACGGUGGCCCAAAGCACCUAAAUGAACUUAUAUUCCACGACUGCAGUCGAUUGCGACCUGCUCCCGAACUUUUUGAGCAUUUGAUUCAUCUUUUGCAUCUCUUAAUUGCUGAAUGCUGCUGGGACCACUUGACAGACAAUGUUAAGGACCUCAGGUUUCUCAAGAGCCUAACAAUUCGGCUUUGCUGGUAUCUAGAAUCACUUCCAGAACUUCCCCGGUCUCUUCAGAAGUUUAAAGUGUCUUACUGCAAUGGAGAAUACAUGAGUUCCUGCAAACAAAUAGGUCAUCUGAACUUGCAAAAGCUUCAGCACGUUGAAGCGAAGGAAUUUGUACAUUAA